AGCACUGUUCUUUAGAGGGACUUUCCCAAUAGCAUUUUAUAGAUAUUAGCUGAAGCAUAGAUCGGCUGGUUGCCAUUCAGAUAGACCCAUUCAUUUUACCCACUUUUAAAACUAGCACUAGCACAUCCACAGUCUAACAAUACUUUUACAAUAUGCGUGAUCUCACGUCCAAUGUUAGAACUCCAGAUCUCAGCUCUGGGGAUGAGCAACAAAGACCAUUAAACCCGUUCGAGGACGACGGGGCCGCCUCAUACGAAUCUCCAAGAGACUCUCCGCAUUCAUCCGAUAACGAAAACUCUCAUUAUGGGAAACCAUUCAAUGCUUACAACGGGUAUUAUUCUCAAAAUGGAACUUCAGCCAACCUUUUAUCAAGUCAAAACUCAAAUGAUCAAGAAUUAUCACGUCCAGGAUCCACUAACAACUUGCACGUACCACCUGAAUAUGACCGAUAUCCAUCCAUGGCUGGAUCUAGAGUUGUUUCUUCAACCUCAUUAAAUCACCUUUCACAAUCUUUCCAACAAAGUCCACAACAAGAAAAACUCAUGGAUGAAAGCUCUUCUUCAUCGAAUCGCUCGACAAACCCAUUUAUUGCUGCUACUGACUUCAGUCCAUUUGGAGGUUACCCAGCAUCCUCUUUCCCCUUGCAUGUCGAUGAAAAGGAACCGGAUGAUUAUUUACACAAUCCAGACCCAAUAGCUGAUGCUGAAUAUGACAAGAAUAGAUUUUGGCAUGAUUUGAAAAAUAUCGACAAGAGAUCACUCGGUGGACUUAUUGGACUUAUUGUUUUAUUUUUAGGAGCAAUGGUUGUUUUCAUCUUAUUACCCGUGUUUUUCUACUCGGGGGCUGCCUACCGUGGAGCACCUGUUUCUUACGAGGUGUUAUCUAACUAUCAAUAUCCUAUUUUGAGUGCUGUUCGUAAGAAUCUUAUUGAUCCAGACACUCCUUCAUCGGCUUUCAGCAUUACAAGUCAAGGCGGUGAAAAAUGGAAUUUGGUUUUCUCCGAUGAAUUCAACGCCGAAGGAAGAACCUUCUACGAAGGGGAUGAUCAAUUUUUUACAGCUCCAGACAUUCAUUAUGAUGCCACUAACGAUUUGGAAUGGUAUGACCCUGAUGCUGUACUGACUGGAAACGGUACCUUAAACUUGAGAAUGGAUGCAUUCAAGAACCAUAAUUUAUUCUACAGAUCCGGUAUGGUUCAAUCAUGGAACAAAUUGUGUUUCACUCAAGGUAAGUUGGAUAUCUCUGCUAGAUUGCCCAAUUAUGGUAACAUCACCGGUUUAUGGCCUGGUUUAUGGUCCAUGGGUAAUUUGGGAAGACCAGGAUAUUUAGCCUCUACUGAAGGUGUUUGGCCGUAUUCAUACGAUUCUUGUGAUGCAGGUAUAACCCCUAACCAAUCUUCCCCAGAUGGUAUUUCCUAUUUACCAGGUCAAAAAUUGAAUACCUGUACAUGUAAGGGAGAAGAUCAUCCUAACCCUGGUGUUGGUAGAGGUGCUCCUGAAAUCGAUGUUAUUGAAGCUGAAGUUGGUAAUAGAACUCCAGACGAAAUGCUUGGGAUUGCUUCUCAAUCUUUACAAGUGGCUCCAUAUGACAUUUGGUACAUGCCUGAUUAUAGUUGGAUCAAGAUCCAUAACGCCUCUGUUACAACCAUGAACACAUACGUAGGGGGCCCAUUCCAACAAGCUGUCUCUGGUACAACAGUGUUGAAUAUUACUUGGUAUGAAUAUGGUGAUGGUCAGAAUUUUCAAAGAUAUGGAUACGAAUACUUGAAUGACGAUAAAACGGGGUACCUUACAUGGUUUGUUGGUGAAGAUCCUACUUUAACCAUCACUCCACAAUCCUUGUAUGCCAAUGGUAACAUUGGUAACAGACCUAUUACCAAGGAACCAAUGUCUAUUAUUAUGAACUUCGGUAUUUCCAACAGUUGGGCUUACAUCAAUUGGCCUGCUCUUACUUUCCCACUUGUUUUCAGUAUUGAUUUUGUUAGAAUCUAUCAACCUCCUAACCAAGUUAGUUUGACAUGUGAUCCAGCUGACUUCCCAACAUACGAUUAUAUUCAACUGCAUUUGGACGCCUACCAGAACGUCAACCUCACCAGUUGGAAGAAUGCAGGUUACGAUUGGCCUAAGAACAAAUUGACAGGAAAGUGUUCGUAAGGAUGGGGUAGCUUAGCACCUUUAUUAUUUGAUAAAUCUAUACAUAUAUACACAUUUCUUUUGUAUUAGAAAUAAAAGACUAUCUUUAAAAUCGGGUUA